UGUGAUUCGUAUGGCGGUAAAAUAAAACGUAAACAAACGCUUAGGAGCGGCUAAUUUCAAAUUUUACUAGUUCUGAAUUGGUUCGAGUGGUUCUGAGUUGUGGUCAGCAGGAUGGUGGAAGGUCCGGGUUGCACGUUGAACGGAGAGAAGAUCCGCUCAAAGGUCCAAACGGGUCAGAAAGUGCAGGAAGUUAGGAGCAGUUUGACGGUUUCAGCUAAAAACAACACUGAGACAAACGUCUUCCGCAGUUUCUCCGGAUGUCAGUACACUGGUGUUGAAACUCUUGGGAAGGAGCUCUUCAUGUACUUUGGUUUGAGAGCUUUGAGAAUUCACUUUGGCAUGAACGGAUCAAUCCGCCUAAAUCCUGCUCAGAGUAAAGUUAUACCGGGCUCUGCCGCAGUGCUGGAAAUACGCCUUACCAACGACACUGUGGCCUUCUUUGACAGCACAGUAGAAAUAAGGUUGACGGAGGAUUGUGAGCAGAAGGUCAGGGCCAUGGAGAGUCUGGACGUGUGCUCCCCCAAGUUCAGCUUCUCCCGCUCUGAGGAGGCACUGAGGAGCCAGGGUAGCAGGAUGCUCUGUGACGUUCUCCUAGACCAAGCCGUCAUGCCGGGAGUCGGCAACAUUAUUAAAAAUGAAGCCCUGUUUGACUCGGGCCUCCACCCAGCCGUGAAGGUUCGACAGUUGACCGACGUGCAAAUCCAUCAUUUGGUGAAGAUGACUCGAGAUUUUACUCUCUUGUUUUACAAGUGUCGCAAAUCUGGUUCUCCUCUCUACAAACAUUACAAAGUCUACAAGCGUCCCCAUUGUGGCCAGUGCUCCCAUGUCAUUACAGUCUGUCGUCUUGGAGACAACAGCAGGAUGACUUACUUCUGUGAGCGCUGUCAAAAAGGAGAUCCCACCGGGGUCGACGUCAGUACGCUCCCAGUUAGAAACAGCCUUAUCAGUUGGGCGUAUCAUGAGAGAACCAGCGAUGAUGUGGCUAAGAAGGAAGAAGAGGACUGGGCUUGUCAACUCUGCACGCUAAUCAACCAGCCAGAAGCUAAAGCCUGUGAUGCCUGCCUCACUCCAAAACCUGAGGUCAACAAAGACAACAUUAGCACUGAAGCAUCGCCCUUCACUACUGAUUUAAUUAAAUACCCCUGCAUCGCCUUUAGGAAGCUGCGGGAGGAGCUCAAAGUCAACUGGAGGUCUGCGUUCGGGACUUCCACCCUUGUUUUCUCUGACAUGAGUGAGAAGCCAAAGCCUGUAAACUCGCCGCUCUCCCCAGCCGGCAGCCAUUUGAAUUCCUUGGCGGCAGAACGAGGUUUGUAUAAAAACAGCUUCUGCCCAGGGACAACGAGCCCCAAUUAUGCCUCUGGUGGCUGGCAAAAGCAAAGUGCAGAGCUCUCCAAGGGGGAAUCACUGGCCUCCUACAGUCACCCUUCCAAGAAAAUGAGAAUUGAUCACAGUUCCUUUCCCGUUAACAAAGCUCAAAAUGGCACCCCCAACUCAGGUGUGCACAGAACACGGGAGCAAAGUACUGCAGCCAUUUCUCCUAGUACCCCUUGUUGCACAUCCCAUUGUCGUCCCACUGUCCUCAGAGUGGUCCACAAGGAGGGGGAGAAUAAAGGACGACAGUUUUAUUCCUGCUCCUUGCCAAGAGAGAACAAGUGCAACUUCUUUCAGUGGGCUGAUUUGCACUUUCCUUUUUGUCACCACGGGAAACGCUGUUUAAUGAGGACGGUUCUAAAGCUGGGUCCUAACAAUGGCCGGAGUUUCUACACCUGCAGCUUUCAAAAGGGCAAACAAUGCGACUUUUUCCAGUGGGCAGAAAAUGGACCAGGAGUUUCCAUCCUCCCCGGCUGCUGACGCAGUAAAUUAGAAUAUCAUCAAAAAUCUAUUUCAGUUAUUCAAAUGAAAAAGUGAAACUGUAUUUCUGGGUUCUUUGAUGAUUUUUGCUUACAGCUUAUGAAGGCCAACAAAAACAAUCAACAGUAAUUUCAUGGCCAUGUUUUAAUGAUGGCAGAUGCGGUUGUGUAGACUUGGGAAUUUGAUAAAACACAGUGGAAUCACACCAGGAGAUGACAUGGCUCACCAAAUCAUCUCUUACUAUAGAAACGUCCCACUGGAACUCAGGAAGCUGGAUUCUGAUCCUAUCCACUCUCCCUCCUGUCUCUCUGACCUUAAGAUCCAAAUGAAAUGCAAAAUGUACUUUGAUCUGAAAACAAGGCUUUGGACAACUGAGUAGCAGUCCAGUCUUUCAGAUGUUACUGAUGUCAUGGAUACAUCUGUGUGUUUUAGCUCCUGAUUGUACACCCUCUACUACCACAUUUUUUCCUUCCACUAAACUUUCCAUGUCAUUAUUAUGCUUAAAUUCAGCACUCUUAACAGCCAGCUUCUUUAGAAACAACAUUGUUGUGCAAAGAGACUGGAUAGGAGCCAAGACCAACUAAUAAGAAUGUCUGUAUUCUAAUAAACUGAACAUUUAAUCACGUAUGUUCCUGAAAUUAUGACCCACCAUUUGUGUCUAAUAAAAGAAAAUCAGUUUUAAUAUA